GCGCCUGCUCCUUAACACCCUGUCCCCCCAGCCCCUCUCACCAUCCCCCUCCCUCCCUGUGGAUGCCCCCCUGCCUGGUGGAGGAGGAGCCUCCUCUGGUGGGGAGAUGAGCCUGCAGCAGCUGAGGGGGGAUCGGGGGGGUUCUGGGUCUGAGAGGGACCUCCACUCAGCAGCCUCCUCCAUCAGCCUGCCCUCCGUCAGGAAGGCCCCCAAGAAGAGACGCCUCUCCCUGCGCUCGCUGUUCAGCCGGCGCCACCGUGGGGAUCGAGACCCCAAGAGGAAAUCACAGGACUUACAGGGUGGCGGUGUGGACGGGAUCGCCAGCGUGGAGAGCAUCCAUUCAGAGAUAUGUCAUGGAGACAAGACCUCGACGCUCUCCGCCCCCGUUGUGGCCUCUUCCUCUGAGUUCCUGGAGUGUCCUCUUUGUCUCCUCCGCCACGCCAGAGACCGUUUCCCUGACAUCAUGACCUGCCACCACCGCUCCUGUGCGGAUUGCCUGCGCCAGUACUUACGAAUAGAGAUCAGUGAGUCGCGCGUCAACAUCAGCUGUCCAGAGUGCUCUGAGCGAUUCAACCCCCACGACAUCCGCAUCAUCCUGGGAGACCAGCCCCUCAUGGAGAAGUACGAGGAGUUCAUGUUGAGACGAUGGCUGGUGGCCGACCCUGACUGCCGCUGGUGCCCCGCCCCCGACUGCGGGUAUGCAGUCAUUGCCUUUGGCUGUGCCAGCUGUCCUAAGAUCACGUGUGGGCGUGAGGGUUGUGGCACAGAGUUCUGUUACCACUGUAAACAGCUGUGGCACCCCAACCAGACGUGUGAUGCCGCCCGGCAGCAGAGAGCCCAGAGCCUGAGGCUACGCACCUUCCGUUCCUCAUCUCUCAACUACAGCCAGGAGAGUGGUGCUGCAGCUGAUGACAUCAAGCCGUGUCCGCGCUGCGCUGCUUACAUCAUCAAGAUGAACGACGGCAGCUGUAACCACAUGACCUGUGCCGUGUGCGGCUGUGAGUUCUGCUGGCUCUGCAUGAAGGAGAUCUCUGACCUGCACUACCUGAGCCCAUCAGGAUGUACCUUCUGGGGUAAGAAGCCAUGGAGCAGGAAGAAGAAGAUUCUGUGGCAGCUGGGCACGCUGGUGGGCGCACCGGUGGGCAUCGCUCUGAUCGCUGGCAUCGCCAUCCCCGCCAUGAUCAUAGGCAUCCCUGUCUACGUGGGGAGGAAGAUUCACAAUCGCUAUGAAGGAAAGGACAUCUCCAAACAUAAGAGGAACUUGGUGAUAGCAGGUGGCGUGACCUUAUCUGUCAUUGUCUCCCCCGUGGUGGCAGCAGUUACUGUUGGUAUCGGCGUGCCCAUCAUGCUGGCAUACGUCUACGGGGUGGUGCCCAUCUCUCUGUGUCGCAGCGGUGGGUGUGGCGUCUCCGCCGGUAACGGGAAAGGGGUCCGCAUCGAUUUUGAUGACGAGAAUGAGAUGAACGUCGGAAGUGCAGCGGCUGCAACUGACGCCACAUCGGUGGCAGAGACCAGACACAACCCCAGCAUCGGAGAGGGCAGUGUGGGGGGCAUGACAGGCAGUCUGAGUGCCAGCGGGAGCCACAUGGACCGGAUGGGCGCCAUGAGGGACAACCUGAGUGAGAAUGCCUCCACCAUGGCUCUGGCUGGGGCCAGCAUCACCGGAUCUCUGUCUGGCAGCGCCAUGGUCAACUGUUAUAACAGGUUGGAGGUCCAGGCUGACGUUCAGAAGGAGCAGGGUAGUCUGAGUGGGGAGUCGGCCAAUGUCAGCUUGGGGACCAUCAGUGACAACACUAGCACCAAAGCAAUGGCUGGAUCCAUUCUCAACUACAUGCCUCUGGACAGAGAGGGUAAUCUGGAGGUGGACAUGGAGGGGAAGCAGGAGAAGAAACUACAUCACCAUAGCAACAGCAGCAGCCUGGACGACGCCAGCGGCGAGGGGAGAGGGGUUGGAGUGUGUCCCUCCGGCUGCCCCCAUGAGUCUCGCUCCUCCAAAUGGGUGAAGGACCCUUCUUCCUCGGGGGGCAAGAAGAGCAAGGGCAAGCUGAGGACUAAGAAGACCAGCGGAGGAACUAAGAUCCAGGAGACCCGUGAGGACAUGGAUGCUCAGCUCCUAGAGCAGCGCAGCACCAACUCCUCAGAGUUCGACUCCCUCAGCGGCUCCCUGCCCUCCGUAGCAGACUCCCACUGCAGCCACUUAUCAGAGUUCAGCUGCUCUGAUCCGGAGACCUCCAGACCUCCUCCUCUCACCCCCUGCUGCAUUGACCUCCACCCCCAGCGCCCCCUCACCUCCCUGGGAACAGACCUGGUCACCGUCACCGCCCUGCCGGAGGUGGAGAACGACCAUCUGGAGAACUGUCCCGCUGCAUCCUCCUCCUCCUCACCUUCCUCCGCGGCCCCCGUCUACACAGAAGGAGGGGUAGGAGGAGGUAUGCUCCUCUACAUCGCCGAGGAGAGCUUAGGGCUGAUGAGGACGACGCAGGAGGAGCUGGACUCCCUCGCGGUGGAGGAGGUCCUGAAGGAGACCAAUAACAACAUGUUGGACGGAGGUGUCGUAUCCCAGCAGCCUUCCAGCCCUGUGAGGAGUGGCUGCAUUCAGACUGAGAUAUAAACUCUCCUGGCAGGCUGGCUGGCUGGCUGGCUGACUGGCUGGCUGACUCCAGGGCUACUACUACAGACUGACCUAAUGUUUAUGCCAGCUUUUUUCACAGCUAGCCUGAAAUCCACUUCUGUUUACUGAGUGGGCAAGCUCGUUUUACGGAAGAGUAGAGAGAAAGACAGGACAGCAGAGGAGGAGAGGUGUUUUAUCCAUGUCUGCUAAUAUGGAAGAUAAAAUCAUGUGAUGGUUGAGGGUAGACUGGGUGGUGAUACAUGUGGAGGAAUAAGGUAGACUGGAAUAAGGUAGACUGGAAUAAGGUAGACUGGGUGGUGAUACAGGUGGAGGAAUAAGGUAGACUGGAAUAAGGUAGACUGGGUGGUGAUACAGGUGGAGGAAUAAGGUAGACUGGGUGGUGAUACAGGUGGAGGAAUAAGGUAGACUGUGUGUUGAUACAUGUGGAGGAAUAAGGUAGACUGGGUGGUGAUACAGGUGGAGGAAUAAGGUAGACUGGAAUAGGGUAGACUGGGUGGUGAUACAGGUGGAGGAAUAAGGUAGACUGGAAUAAGGUAGACUGGGUGGUGAUACAGGUGGAGGAAUAAGGUAGACUGGAAUAAGGUAGACUGGGUGGUGAUACAGGUGGAGGAAUAAGGUAGACUGGGUGGUGAUACAGGUGGAGGAAUAAGGUAGACUGGAAUAAGGUAGACUGGGUGGUGAUACAGGUGGAGGAAUAAGGUAGACUGGGUGGUGAUACAGGUGGAGGAAUAAGGUAGACUGGAAUAAGGUAGACUGGGUGGUGAUACAGGUGGAGGAAUAAGGUAGACUGGGUGGUGAUACAUGUGGAGGAAUAAGGUAGACUGGGUGGUGAUACAUGUGGAGGAAUAAGGUAGACUGGGUGGUGAUACAUGUGGAGGAAUAAGGUAGACUGGAAUAAGGUAGACUGGGUGGCGAUACAGGUGGAGGAAUAAGGUAGACUGGGUGGUGAUACAGGUGGAGGAAUAAGGUAGACUGGGUGGUGAUACAGGUGGAGGAAUAAGGUAGACUGGGUGGUGAUACAGGUGGUGGAAUAAGGUAGACUGGGUGGUGACGCAGGUGGAAGAAUAAGGUAGUCUGGGUAGUAGUACAGGUGGUGGAAUAAGGUAGACUGGGUAGUGAUACAGGUGGAGGAAUAAGGUAGACUGGGUAGUGGUACAGGUGGAGGAAUAAGGUAGGCUGGGUAGUGAUACAGGUGGAGGAAUAAGGUAGACUGGGUGAUGCUACAGGUGGAGGGAUAAGGUAGACAGGCUAUAGGGAGGGAGAAAGCUCUCCUACUGGUUUAAGGGUUUUAUUCAUUUAGAAGAGACGUUGGCAGUCUGGAUGUGAAGUCUUGAUUAAAUCUCAUGUCCGGAGUGUUUUUGGUCGGUGGUAACAUUUAGAUGGACCAAGGCCCAUGGAAAGUUCCAGUUAAAUGUACGAGGACAGAGUACGAGGUGUAUGGCCGGUGUAUCAGUGGGGUGAUGAUGUAGCAGUGUUCUAUACUAGCCUUCACAUGGGGGACAGAUUCUCCAGAAGGCCACACGACUGUCCAUCCAGGAAGCUCCUAUGGAUCCAACUCAAAACGAACCCUGUCUCAGGUGGCAUCAUAUUCACCAUGUACUGCGUUACUAGAUGAGUAGGGUUCCAUUUGAGACACAGACUUCUAUGUCUGUGGUGAACAGCCAGCCAGCCAGCCAGUCGCAUCACACCGCAGCGUAAAGGAUUGUCAAGCUUCAGUUAUAAUAUAAACCGGUCAAAGUAAAGGUCAAACUGACCUAAGAGGGACCAGUCAAUAAGUCAUUUUUAUUUUUUCCAUAAUUCUAUAAAAAAAAAUGAAUAUUACUUUUAAGAUGUUGAUGAAUAUUGUUCUGUAGUUUUAGUAUUUUCCAUGUUGAGCCCUGUGAGGUCAGAUCCUGUGUUAGGGGAGGCCAGGCGGGGUUGGGGUGAGCAGAGGGAAGGAAGAGUCAACUAAUUUAACCCUUUGUCUUCUUAAACAACACAGAUUUUAACUGUCAGGAUUGGAUUUACAAUAUAAGUAAAUAUUCCAGAAAGAAUCAGGCCUCCGAGUUGAGCUGGCCCAUCAUCAGUAGGAGGACAACAGCGGUCGUUUGGUAUAAAGGGAGCGAUAAGAGGUUGACUCUCUUUUCAUUCUGUUAUAGAUCUACAUCACUUCUAAUUAAAAGGCUAUGGUGAUUUAAGCCUGAGUUCAUGAUCUGUGCUGUCUUCAAGUUGUAGGUCAUUAUCACCAGUUGGAGGGGACAAGCCAGGCUAACGGUGAUGCAUUCAGGUCGUUUCAAACACCUCUCCAUUGGAACCAUGCAAAUUAGGAUUUUUCUACCUAUGUUGCCUUUUUGAAAAAGCUGCUUCUGUCUGUUUGCACCUCAUCCUGUCUCUUCAAUAGAUACAGGACUGUGUCCCAUUCCCUGUGUAGUGCACUACUAUGGGCCCUGGUCACUAUAUAGGGAAUAGGGUGCCAUCUGGGACGCAACCAAAGAAAUGUAGAGAAAAGCAGAAUGUCUAAGUGUUGUUAUCGCUACAGAUCCUAUCUAACCAUCCCGUCAUCAUUGUGUUUAACAAGUCAAGAUGCUAACCAUCCCGUCAUUGUGUUUAGCAAGUCAAGAUGCUAACCAUCCCGUCAUUGUGUUUAGCAAGUCAAGAUGCUAACCAUCCCGUCAUUGUGUUUAGCAAGUCAAGAUGCUAACCAUCCCGUCAUCAAUGUGUUUAACAAGUCAAGAGAUGCUAACCAUCCCGUCAUUGUGUUUAACAAGUCUAGAUGCUAAUGGACACACCAAUCUGGUAACCACCUAGCCUACCAAAGACAGAACAGGCUACUGUGGUUGAACCCUCACUCCUGAGGACCCCUGAUGAGGGGUGUAGUGUUGCUCUGCAGAGCAGACCGAGGCGGUGUCCAAUGGAGCCCUAUUCCCUAUAUAGUGUAGCAUUUAAGACAAACCUUCUGCCAAGCGGUCCAUGAUCUGAUUUAAUGAGUAACAUUCACCUAUAGCUUAGUGUUUAUUUGAAGGAUUAGGGGGGGAAACGCUUCAGCUGUACAGUUCCCUUCCACUUCUUCACUGUAACAAAGGUCUUGUCUUGGCUACAGUCAACACUGUGACAAGUCUUGGCUACAGUCAACACUGUGACAACAGUCUUGGCUACAGUCAACACUGUGACAACAGUCUUGGCUACAGUCAACACUGUGACAACAGUCUUGGCUACAGUCAACACUGUGACAACAGUCUUGGCUACAGUCAACACUGUGACAACAGUCUUGGCUACAGUCAACACUGUGACAACAGUCUUGGCUACAGUCAACACUGUGACAACAGUCUUGGCUAUGGUUUCAUCAAGAAUGAGACGUCUUCGGGGGGGGGGGGGGGUAUUUUUUGGCGUGUUAGUACAUGUUCAAACGAAACGAUUCAUCUUUGAACACGGAAAGCGUUAGGAUUGAGGCUAUGUUCAUGUACCUGUGAUUCUCAGAGUGCAUGGAUGUGUGCUCUAAACCAGGGAUAUUCAACUCUUACCCUACGAGGUCUGUAGCCUGCUGGUUUCCUGUUCUAUCUGAUAAUGAAUUGCACCCAUCUGGUGUCCCAGGUCUAAAUCAGGCCCUGACUAGAGGGGAACUGGUUUAGGGGGGGGCUGGCUUGUCAGUCCAGAGUUAAAUUCUCUAAACCUAAAGGUUGACCCUAAACUGUUCAUUUAUCUACUGUUGUGGUGCUGUGCAACUAUCAGUCUGGAUUGAUAAUAUGAUUCUGUAUGAUACUUUGAAGACUAGUGCCAGGCCUCAUAUAGAGAGGAGUUUAUGCUAUUUCUAGUGCUAGAGGCAUCACUUCAGACCCUGGUUCAGCGGUCUAAGGCACUGCAUCUCAGUGCUAGAGGCGUCACUACAGUCCCUGGUUCAAUUCCAGGCUGUAUCACAACCGCCUGUGAUUGGGAGUCCCAUAGGGCGGCGCACAAUUGGCCCAGCGUUGUCCAGGCUAGGGUUUGGCCAGGGUGGGCUGUCAUUGUAAAUAAGAAUUUGUUCAUAACUGACUUGCCUAAUUAAAUAAAAACUGUACACUUAUGUUACAAUUA